AGCACCAUCACUUGUCACAGUCCUGGUCAGAAAUCCGUGUUUCCUUCGACCUACUUACCUUCGUGCUCAGAAGCCUUCGACUCAGGGUCUAGCUCAACUUGCUCAGUAAACCUCCGAUGUGUGAACGGAGGUUUACGUGAGAAAAGUACAGCUGAUAAAGCACCUAGGAUGGAGGACAAAUCAGAAUGUCCCAUGGCGUGCUACAGUGUAUAUAAAGGCCUUGCGAUUCCCAGAGCUCUUACUCAGACACACAUCCCCAUUCACAGUCUCUACUACAUAGCACGACUCAAAAACUACGACAAUGGCUGUUCCCAUCACCCUCUAUACCGCAAAGGUCUGCCCAUAUGCGCAACGUGUCGAGCUCGCGUUUGCGGAGGCUGGCAUCGAUGUGACCAAGUACUUCAUUGAUUUGCAAAACAAGCCCGAGUGGUUUGCCCCUAAGAUCAACCCCGCAUCCAAGGUCCCAGCCGUCGCCUACGGAGGCCCGCCCACAUCUCCUGAGAACCCUUCCCCAGAAUCCGUCAAACUCGCCGAGUCCCUCAUCCUCGUCGAGUUCGUCGCGGAUCUCGCCCCCAAGUCCGGUCUUCUCCCCUCCGACCCCGUCCAACGUGCCCAGGCUCGUUUCUUCGUCGACACCGUCUCGAACAAAUAUGUCCCCGGCUUCGCAGCCUUCGUCAUGCGCGGUGACUCUCCCGAGGGUCUCCUCGCAGGUUUCCAAGCCGUACAGGACUUGUUGCCGAAGGAAGGUCUCGCGCUUGGUGGGAAUCAGUUCACGAUCGCGGAUGCGGCCUUUUUGCCAUUCUUGGGCAGGACGGAGUUGUUGUUGAGGACCGGGGUUGGGAAAUAUCAAGCCGCGGAGGGAAAGAAGGUGUAUUCGCAGUUGUUUGAGGACGCGAAGUUUGCGAGAUUGCAGAAGUAUUUCAAGGAUGCGACCCAGAGGGAGAGCUGGAAGACCUUCUAUACCAACGAUAUCAGCGAGACCAUGUUAGCUAGGAUCGGAAGGGCGAAGUCUGACUUGUAAUCGCGCUCACUCUCAGCCUCAGUGCACUCCUUAGGACGUUGUCGAGUUUCCUGUAUGAAUAAGUAACUGCUUUGUCUUGCAUUGUCGCGUUGGGAUCUCCAAAUCGUCCUUAUUCUGAUGCACAGCCUCGC